AUGGACCUCCACGAGACCCAACGUCUCCUUUCCGAGUACCUGCAGGAACUCGCCAACCUCUUCCAUCGCGUUCCCGGGUCUGCCAUUUUCCUCCGCUACGUGAAAUCCAGCUAUCAGGAUGACCCAAUUCGGUCAGCCGUGGAAUUGUUUCUGUUCCUCUUCGCUGUCCGCUAUCUGCUGGCACCGAAAUACUCCACCAAACCUGGCGUCGUGCCCUUGUCCGAUGAUGAGAUUGAUGACCUGGUGGAUGACUGGGCCCCAGAACCCUUAGUCGGCGAACCAUCGGCUUUAGAAGAGAUGGAGAUUGAGAAACGCGUGGUUAUUGUGGGCCCCGUCGGACCCAAAUCCAAGCUGUCCAACGGCCGUACCGUGACCAAUCUCGGGUCCUUCAAUUUCUAUAACUUCAACACGAACGAGGCCCUCAAGGAAAAAGCAAUCCAGACUCUCCGGAACUACGGGGUGGGCGCCUGCGGUCCUCGCGGCUUCUACGGUAAUCAGGAUGUCCAUAUGAAGACGGAGGCAGAUGUGGCGUCGCACCUCGGCACUGCGGCCGGGGGUGAUAUCAUCGUCGCCGAUAAGGGGGUCAACUUUGCAAUUCGGAAGGGUAUUCAGAUCUCACGGAGUAUGGUGCGUUGGUACGAGCAUAAUGAUAUGGAGGAUCUAGAGCGCGUGCUUGCCAAGGUUACCAAGGAGCAGGCGCGGAAGCCUCUUACUCGAAGAUUCAUUAUAACGGAGGGUCUUUUCGAGUCCUAUGGUGAUAUGGCGGAUCUGCCCAAGAUUUACAAAUUCCGCCUGAUCCUGGAUGAGACGUGGUCAUUUGGUGUCCUGGGCCGCACCGGCCGUGGCAUCACGGAGCAUCAGAACGUCGAUGCAGCCGAAGUUGAUAUGAUCGUUGGCUCGUUGGCUGGACCCCUCGUUGCUGGCGGAGGCUUCUGUGCUGGCUCCGAGGAAAUUGUUCACCACCAGCGUAUUUCUGCCGCGGCAUACACGUUCUCCGCGGCACUUCCAGCACUGCUCUCGACCACUGCCAGUGCCACCAUCAACAUCCUCCAGAACAGCCCUGAACUCAUUUCGCAACUGCGGGACCUUGUCAAGGCGAUGCGGGCUCAGCUGGACCCCCGGAGUGACUGGAUGUAUUGCACCAGCUCUCCAGAGAACCCGCUGGUCAUCCUGGUCCUCAAGCCUGAGGUGGUAGCUGGCAAGAGACUGUCGGUGGACGAUCAGCAAUUCUUGCUCCAAGAUAUCGUUGACGAGUGCCUCGCGAAUGGUAUUCUCAUCUCCCGUCUGAAGAUGCUCCAUGACAACGUCCAGCCGAAACAGGUCGUCCCUCCCGCAUUGAAGGUCUGCGUGACGACCGGGCUUACCAAGAAGGAGAUUGAAAAGGCCGGGACGAUUAUUCGGCACGCUAUCACUAAAGUCAUGACCAAGAGGAAAUGA